AUGGAUCCUCACCACAAGCCGCGAUCUGAACGGCGUCGCCGCCGGCCGCCAAUAUCUUGUCUACUGUGCCGCAAACGAAAGAUCAAAUGCGAUCGGGAGACACCAUGCAGCAACUGCGUGAGAGCCAAAAAUGCGACUUGUGUUUACGAGGCGGUCUCACCACCGCCGCCAUCUACUUGGAAACGUGCGAUGGGCGUAUCCGACAACCAAAGCACCAAAAUCCAUCCGCCAGAUGACACUCACACAGAGAUGCAAACAGACGCUGCCCAUACACCCAGCGCAGUGAUGACAGCGCCGAGUGGACCAAGCCCAUCUAUGUCAGUUCCAUCAGACAGGGCAAUCAUGACCCCUUCAAGUCAACCACCAACAGAAGAGCUUCAUCACCUGAGAUUUCGAGUGAAGCAACUCGAGGAACAGCUGGCCAAGACACCCCGGGCCUCUGCCGGACCUACGACCCCAAGUCCCAACUACAAUAUCAGUACAACCACAUCUUACCUCGCUGGUACAUUUCAUGUAACCUCUGAAAGCGCCACUGAGGGCCAACCGCCAACCAUAUCACGAUCCAUCAUGCACAAAACCAGAGUAUUUGGCCAAAGUCACUGGAUGAAUGGAGUUGCUCAGUUUGCCGAAGUUCUUGAUCUGAUAGAGCCCAUGCUUCAUAAUGAAGGUGCGCGAGCGAUGACAAACCUGUCCAAGUGCAAGUGGCUCGGAAAAAUGAUCAAGGCUCAGCGCACCCCAGCAUGGCCAUGUUCACCGACGCUCGAUCUUCCCCGCAGGGAUGUCGCUGAUGUGCUGGUUGCAAACUAUCUCCGAGCCUCCGAGACAGUCUACCGCGUGCUUCAUGUCCCAACAUUUAGACGCGAUUAUGAGGCCGCCAUGGAAUCAAAGAACGGGGACACAGCCUUUGUGAUCCUCUUGAAGCUCGUAAUGGCAAUCGGCUCCACAGUCUAUGAUGACAGAUUUACCAUGAGAGCAACGGCCAUCAGAUGGGUCCAUGAAGCACAGACCUGGAUUUCAGAACCCGAGUUCAAAGCUCGACUCAGCCUCCAAUUCCUCCAGAUUAACAUUCUCCUUCUCUUAGCUAGAGAAAUCGUCGGAGUCGACGGGGCUCUUGUGUGGGUGUCCACCGGUGAGCUGCUCCGUUUCGCAGUCUACAUGGGGCUUAAUCGAGACCCAGAGUUCCUCCCCAGAAUGUCAUGCUAUUCAUCGGAAAUGCGACGAAGGCUCUGGAAUACUAUAUUGGAACUCGAUUUGCAAGCCAGCAUGGAAUCAGGGGGUCCUCCUCUCUGCUCUCUCAACGACUUCAACACCAUGCCACCUGGUAACUUUGACGAUGAAGCAAUCAACCAGCAAAACCCAUCGCCAGCACCAGAUGAUGUCUUCACUGAUGUAUCUGUCGCCUUGGCCCUUCGAAAGAUGCUGCCCCUCCGCCUAUGCAUUGUCAAGACACUCAAUAGCAUAUCCUCCCACGCCGGAUACGAGGAGACACUUCGCCUUGACCAGGAACUACGUGGAGCUUCAAAACAGAUCUCUCGAGAAUUACAGGGGUACAAAGCCAAGGGGACCGGCGCAAGAAAACCAUCUCGUUUCCAGACGCGAAUCGUGGACUUCCUCAUCCGGCGUUAUAUGACGGCAAUUCACAUGCCAUUUUUCAGUGCGUCAUUGAAAGAAACCCAGUACGCAUUCUCAAGAAGGGUUGUUAUCGAGACAUCGCUGAAGACAUGGUGCAACAUCUUCCCAAUGUCAACAGCCAUGGCAAGCCAUUCACAAGAUAAGGCUUUGCCGUUAGAGACUGACGACCUGUCUCGACUUGCACUUUGUGGAAGUGGCAGCUUCCGCACAUCGUCCAUGCAAGCCGUCUUUCUUAUCGCCGCCGAACUGAAAACGCAAGUUCAAGAAGAAACCUCCACCCUAGGCCCGAUGUCCCUCCGCCGGGAUCUGUAUUCCGUCCUGCAAGAGGCCAAAAAGUGGUCUCUACACUGCAUUGAAGCAGGCGAAACAAACAUCAAAGGAUAUCUGUUCCUUUGUCUUGUCUGUGCACAGAUUAAUGGACUGAUGCGCGGUCUCUCAAGAGAGGAACUCCCAACCGUGCUUCUAGAAGCAGCAGAUGAGGCAGAGGCCGGAUGUCUGAGUAUCCUGGAGGGUAAGAUCGAUGCUGCGACCGUUGAUACGAAUAGCCAGGAUGACAUGGGAAUCGAUCCGGUAUCCGAGAUAAUGGCUGACUGGAGUCUGAUGAUGCCCGGCACCCACUUUUAUCUAGGAGACUCUGGUAACAUGGACUGGAUGACGAUGGAUUCGCUGGCGGCAUGCGCAUCGUAUACAGUCGAUGGCAUCUGA